AUGACUCCCUUUGACAAGAGCUCCACCGUUGCCCAGCUUGAGAGCUUGAGUCGUCGGCCCCGUUACUGCCUGCAGUGUUCCGAGUUCGAGGGCGGCUGCCCGGACAGAAGGACCCAUGAAGGAGACAGCAGAACCCUCAAGGAAGUAUACAAGGCUGGGAAGCUCACCGUUUUUGCUAGCGACUGUCAGUCUCUCACUCAACAACCGGCCCAGUUGGACUUCCAUUUUGCACGAGGCGGUCAAGGUACCACGCACUGGCACGGCAUCCUCCGAGAGAACGUGGUUUUCCUUGAUGUCCCCCGCCUCGCCCUAGACUUCAACAGCCGUGAGAGCCUGGCUGCGACACUGGAAUACAUAGAAGACAAGAUGGAGGCAGAGCAGGUGUUUGUCAACUUCGGCAAGUCUCGGCGUGACCGAGGUGAGCUGCUCCGGACGUUUGGCUUCUUGGGUUUCGAACUCGUGCGGCCGGAUGACCCUGCUCUUCCACCCUGGGAGGAUGCCAUCUUCAUGGUCUACCCUAUGGAACGAGAGGUCUGGCCAGAGCCGGUUGAGGUGACCCUCAAAACAGGCCUAGCGAGGGACCAGGAUGAGGCUAUGUUGCUGGGAUGA